AUGCGUCAACUGAAACAUCUAGCGCUUUAUGCUUACAAAUCACCGGCACAACGAUUCGAACCACUUCCGGAACAACAAACGAAACGUCAAAACAACAAAGCACGGCCGACGAGAGUGGAUGGGUAUCACGGUGGUACUUCUCGGAAGGCUCCCGAUCAAAAGUUCGAGCAAAGAGACAAGAAAGAAUUACGACCUCAACAUCCACCGCCAUCUGAUUCGCCUCAGCUUUCACAAAACAGCCACGCUGGGAGCUUGUACGGGAGUACGACAAAUCCUUCGAAUGAUGAUAUGACUUCUCAAUUUCCUCACGCUUCACCGGUGUCGAUGGAAACUGAUGACAUGGAGCUUGAAGCCUCGACUUUGGCUGAGCAACGAAACGCUGUCGAUUCGCCUAACGGACACCAAGAUGCGAAUUUGAUUCGUGAAGCCCAACUGAACGCCCACAAUAUCAACGCCCGUCUACAAGAUCUAUCACCCGAACAAGCAAAACUCUUCCUGAACACUUUAAGUAAGAAUUUGUGGAGAGAAGACAAACAAAGAUUGUUGGAUCACGCUGCACGAGCUCGCCCGCACAACACCUCGGACACGCUGUCAAUCAAUGAGACUCGGACUUGGAUCUAUCAGUUAAUCGAUCCAAUUCUCAAAGCUUGUACAAUGAUUCAGAGAAACUUGCAGCAACUGGAUUGGCAG